CAAUCUUUAUCCUCGCGGUGUGCUACUGUUGUCCUCUAGCGUCCAUUAUUAGGCGGCCUCCUGGCGCUGAGAUGUGAGUGGGCUUCCUUGCUCCCUCCCUCGCUAAGCCUCUUCACCUGCCUCGGUCUGCCCUGAAUCCUUGGACGCAUACAAACCUCAUCAGGUAUUCAGGCUGUUUGUUGGAUCCUUUAGUAUCCCACCAGGCCAAGAAUCCUUCAACAGCUUUGGAGCCGGGGUUGCUGCCUCAGACUUGGGUGAGGCUUCAGGUUCCAUUGGCGAGGCAAGGCGGCGAUGAUGAGCUUCAAGGGCCACGAGGGGUUUGGGCAGGUGGCCGCCGGGGGCCAGGCCUCCCACGGUGCGGCCCUGCCGUGGUGGGCGGGGCCCCAGCUGCUGUACGGCGAGCCGGCGCCUCUGUCGCCGGAGGAGACGCGCCGGGAAGGCCAGUUCCAGGUUGUGCCGGGGGCUCAGGGCACGCCGGAUCCGGCACCGCCGGCGGCCGCCAAGAGAGGGAGCCCUGAGGUCCUGAAAUUCUCUGUGUUCCAAGGGAAUUCGGAGUCAGAUGGUAAAGGAGAGAAAGUCCCGGAGCACUCUACCACUGUCUCACUGCAGUCACCAUUCCCAGAAUACAAUGGCCGUUUCGAGAUCGGUCUUGGUCAAUCCAUGGCCCCUUCCAAUUAUUCUUCUGCUGACCAGUGCUAUGGCAUGCUUACCACGUAUGGGAUGAGAUCGAUGUCUAGUGGGAGACUUCUCUUGCCAUUGAAUGCGCCAGCUGAUGCACCGAUCUACGUGAAUCCGAAGCAGUACGAAGGCAUCCUCCGUCGCCGCCGUGCUCGCGCCAAGGCUGAGAGGGAGAAUAGGCUGGCGAAAGGCAGAAAGCCAUAUCUUCAUGAGUCGCGCCACCUCCAUGCCAUGCGACGGGCGAGAGGCUCCGGCGGGCGCUUCCUCAACACGAAGAAAGAAGGGGCAGCGAACGCGAACGGGAGUGGCAGGACGGCAGCAGCAGCGCCGCCUGCGCGCUUUGCCACGUCACCUAGCUCCGAGCCACCACGGGCGCCGCCGGGGCUUGGCAACGUCAGCAACCAGCGCUGCCACUCCCGGAGCAGUGUCUCCAGCCUGUCCGGCUCCGAGGUGUCGAGCAUCUACGACCACCACGAGGACCACGCGAGCCACCACCGCCAGUACGGCGGCGGCAUGGUCCGGGCGCCGCCCUUCUUCACCCCACUGCCGGCCAUCAUGGACGGCGACCACGGCGGGGCUGCCGCCAUCCCCUCCUUCAAGUGGGCAGCCAGCGACGGCUGCUGCGAGCUCCUCAAGGCGUGAACCGAGGAGGGGAUGGCUACUCAGACGGCCGGCCUUCACCCCGUUGGCUGGCUGUCUGUAGGCAAAUCAUUCUUGGCUGUUUCUGCAUUGGGGUGCAACCUCCUCGUCACCUACCGACCAACCUAUCCCUGUCCCUGAAACCCAUACAGGUUUCAGGGGUCCUGUGAUGCUGGAGCUGCCCCCAUAUGCCUGUAACAUAGUGUACCCUAAGCACUGCUGCUUGGUACUGCUUGAUAGCAGUGCCAGUGUCUCAGUAUGGAAGUCUCUGAUGUCGGGUUGAUCAGUGUCUGAAUAAUUGAGGUGUCAGACUUCACAGUUGCUCCAGUUCUUGGAGAUGUGUCUGAGUCUGUUUGAAGCUUUGAGGGCUGAAACUUGUGCUUGGUGAAGAUGCCGUGUUAAGACUGAAUCUGCAGAAACUUUAAGUUUGGGACCUACAUUAUACUAUAACGUCCGUUGCUGCA